UUUAGAACCCCACUGACUUUUAAUUCUUGAGGGUUCACCGAUACAUCCAAAACGCCUGAUGACUGAAUCAGAUAACUUGUUUUUUGCGUAUAUGUUUAAACUUUAUUUCUGAGAUGGUAGGAGUGCUGCAGGUGGUAUCAGAGGGAGAUUUGGAAAUCUUGCCCUUCCGUCCAGGACGAGCAAAUAACGCGCGACCUUGAGAGGUUGGACCGGCGUUCUAGAGUGGAUCAGUGAGAUUUGCGCGCGGCUCCGAUAUUGAUGUGAAAAUGGACCGUGGUGUACUAUCGCGAGCGAUUUUCGGAAUGUUGUUGCUUGGAUUUCUUACACCGGCAAGAACUGAUGGGGGGUGUGUUUGCAGUGGAAAAUCCCAGUGUGACUGUCCUGGUAUCAAAGGUGAUAUGGGUGAGCCUGGGUUGCCUGGCUUUGAUGGCGUAACAGGAAAACCAGGGCAUCCAGGAAAUGAGGGCCCUCCUGGAUAUCAUGGUCCAAAAGGAAAUAUGGGAAUUCCAGGCAUCCCCGGUCCCAAAGGUUCUAGGGGAACUCCGGGGACCCCUGGAUUCUUGGGCCCACCAGGACUUCCUGGGUUCCCUGGGAAAGAGGGACCUAGGGGGUCUCCUGGUGUCCCAGGAUGCAAUGGCACUAAGGGUGAACCUGGUGCACCAGGCCUUAUUGGAAUGAUGGGGCGUCCUGGUUUGCAGGGAUUUCCAGGCAUCCAGGGACCUAAGGGAGAUACAUAUUACUUCCCACCCAGUGAUGAAGUGAAAGGACGUUGUGGUCUUCCAGGCAGUAAAGGAGAGAAAGGUCUGCCAGGGUUGCCAGGGUUACUGGGACCAGUUGGACCAGAGGGGCCUAGAGGUGCAACUGGAAUACAAGGAUUCCCAGGGAUGCAAGGAGAGAAGGGCCUAGAGGGUCGAAGCAUGGGAAUACUCGGGCCCAGAGGUCAAAAGGGUGAGAAGGGUCCACCUGGUAUACCAGGGCAAAAAGGUGUAAAGUUAUUUGUAACAGGACCAAAGGAACCUAAGGGCAACCAAGGUGACCCUGGAGACAUUGGAUGUCCUGGACCAAUUGGUCGUCCUGGUCGUACAGGUCCCAUGGGGGAGAAAGGGGAAAGAGGGGAGCCUGGUGGUCCGGGGAAGGCUGGUAAAGAUGGGCUGCAAGGAGAGUUUGGCCCUAAGGGUGAAACUGGAGAUGUUGGAUAUCAAGGGGUAACAGGAAUAGCUGGGGAAAUGGGUGCGAAGGGCGAUGGCGGCCCCCCUGGUCUCCCUGGAGAGUUUAUUGUAAUAGAUAGGGAGGUCAAAGGUCAAAAAGGUUUUCCUGGACCUUCAGGACCCCCUGGUCUCCGAGGCAGUGAAGGUUUCAGUGGCUUUCCUGGGAAUCCAGGUCCUCCAGGCCUUGCCAUACCAGGACCUAAGGGAACACCAGGUCCCCCUGGGUUUAGGGGUGAGAAAGGUGAAAAAGGAGAACCUGCACCUUACAUCACCGGACCCAAAGGAAUUGAUGGACAACCAGGGGAACGAGGACCCCCUGGUGACCUUGGCCCUCCAGGAACUCCAAAUGUCAAUAGACGUGUGGGACCGCAAGGGCCCAAGGGUGAGAAAGGCCUAAUAGGACCUAUGGGUCUGUCUGGAGACCCUGGGAAACCAGGAGAGCAAGGCGAUCUUUGCAGGCUGUGUGCUUUCUCUGGUGGUGAUCCUGGGCCCCCGGGACCACCUGGAGAUCCUGGUACACCUGGAGAGCCAGGUGUUGGGGGAUUUCAAGGCAUUAAAGGUUCCCAGGGUUUCCAAGGGCCAGAGGGUCCACCUGGUCCUCCGGGUUCAUUAGGUCCUCCAGGAUUUCCUGGGCCUCCGGGACCCAAAGGAGACCUAGGGGAAAGAGCUGAGAUUGGGGAAAAGGGCCAGACAGGAAUCUCUGGUUUUCCAGGACCAUCUGGGACAAAUGGGAAUGAUGGCAUACCAGGCAAUCCUGGCUUCAAAGGACCACCAGGUCCAAAAGGAAACCCAGGUCCUCCAGGACCUAAGGGAAACCAUGGAGAUCAAGGACCUAGCGGGGAGCCUGGCCGCACAGGUCCAAUGGGUAGCCAGGGGUCAAUGGGUGUGGGGCAACCCGGGAUACCCGGAGAGAAAGGAAGUUUGGGAGUAGUGGGUCGGCCAGGAAAUCCCGGAGAACCAGGUGAGAAAGGAUCUCCAGGAUCUGCACAAAUGACCCCUGGAGACCCUGGGGAACCUGGACGGCCUGGUCCACCUGGUCUACCAGGACCUCCAGGUAAUGAGGGCUGCGCUGGAGUUCAAGGAUUCCCUGGACAAUAUGGGGUAAAAGGAGAGAAAGGACUGUCAAUUCAAGGAGAACCUGGACUUACUGGUCCUAAAGGUGAUAAGGGUGUGAAAGGGAAGUCGGGUCUACCUGGUUUUGGAAGUGCAGGCCGCCCUGGCCCCCCAGGACCACCUGGAUUACCAGGAUCAAAGGGGGACAUGGCAUUCGGCUCCCCAGGGCCCAAGGGUCGGCAGGGGCUUCCAGGAGAUGAAGGGGCUCUUGGAUCACCUGGAAACUAUGGUCCCCCUGGAAUACCUGGAUGUCCAGGUCAAAGAGGAAGGGAUGGGCCACCAGGAGACUGUGGUGCCCGAGGUCUUGAUGGUUUACCUGGAGAUGAUGGGGUUCCAGGAUGCUGUAAUCCAGGAGCCAAAGGUGACGAAGGGCCCUCAGGAACCAGAGGACUAGACGGACCCUCAGGGAUGCAGGGGCUGAAGGGGUCACAGGGUGAAACAGGACCAUCUGGACAGGGUGCACCUGGUCCAACAGGUAUGACAGGGAUACCUGGGAAAAAUGGAGUGGCUGGAUUGAUUGGUAUCCAGGGACCAACUGGUUUCAGAGGUCGAGAUGGCUCACCGGGUUACCCAGGUCCACGUGGAAAUCAGGGGGAUCCUGGAAGCAUGGGUCCACCUGGAGCUGAGGGAAAUCCUGGACCACCCGGAGCUCCUGGACCUAAAGGUUUAAUGGGUAGGAAUGGAGUUCCAGGUGAUAAAGGAAAAACCGGAGAACCAGGAGACCGUGGAGCCAGUGGUCCAAAGGGACUGCCAACAAACCUCAUGUCUACAGGGGAUCCUGGUGAACCUGGCCAACCAGGUCUUCUUGGUUUAACUGGCUUUAAAGGAGAACCAGGAAUCCCAGGCAAUUAUGGAGAAUCUGGAAAGAAUGGACUUCCAGGCAGUACUGGUCAACCAGGUCCUCCUGGUGACCCAGGCCAGAAGGGGCUUCCUGGAAAUAGAGGGUAUGAUGGAAACUUUGGGUAUCCAGGGGUUAUGGGGUUCCCAGGAGUAAAAGGCGAAAAAGGUUUGCCUGGAGUUCGUGGGGAGGCCGGAACUCCUGGUAUCCCUGGACAAAAUGGACCAAAGGGCAUCAAAGGUGAACCCAGUCUGCCUGGGCCAGGGCUUCCAGGACCACCUGGCGAGAAGGGUGAACCAGGUCGCCCAGGAAGUAAAGGGGAAAAGGGUGACAAGGGUAUAUUUGGGAUGGCUGGGCCCCCAGGUUUGACAGGGUUUCCUGGAGUAAGAGGUGAAACUGGAGUACCAGGAGGUCCAGGACCCCCAGGACCUCCUGGUGAUAAGGGUUUAGAUGGGCUUCCAGGUCCAACUGGAUAUCAAGGGCCCUGUGGUCCACCAGGUGUUCCUGGUUCGGCUGGAGAUCCUGGACCUCCAGGAUCCAGAGGAGACCAAGGCAGGGACGGUAUUCCAGGGCCAUCUGGAACAAAAGGAGAUAGAGGGCUCACUGUUAAUGGGACUCCGGGUCCACGGGGUAUUAACGGAGAGAAAGGUACUAAAGGCAAUCCUGGACCCCAAGGGCCAUGUGGGCCACCAGGACCCUAUGGCCCAGAGGGAGAAAAGGGCCUUCCAGGCCUACUCGGAGAACCAGGGCCUAGUGGGUGUCCAGGUCCAGCGGGCAUCUGUGUUGACGGUCCAAAAGGGGAGAGAGGACCUUAUGGACUACCUGGCCUACAAGGUCUCCAGGGUCCGCGUGGGCCUCCUGGUGACCCAGGUCCAGGGUUGAAGGGAAAUAAAGGUGAAGCUGGGCCCCUGGGGAUUAGAGGAGUGCCCGGUUGCACCGGUGACAGUGGAGUUCCAGGAGGACCAGGUAGUGAUGGAGGUCCUGGCUGUAAGGGCCCGAAAGGAGAUAUGGGGCCCAUGGGUGAUGUCGGACCAAUCGGUCCAAAGGGAAGCUAUGGUUCGAGCGGCCCUCCUGGAUUAAAAGGAUGUAAAGGAUCAACUGGACCCAAAGGGAGUAAAGGCUGUGAUGCUGUGGGGGAGGUCAUCCUGAUCCCAGGAGAUCCUGGUUUACCUGGAGAUGCUGGUGAGAAAGGAGAGCAAGGAAAUCCUGGACCUCCAGGAUUAACAGGUCCACGAGGAACUCAAGGUCGAAAGGGAGCCACAGGUCUAGAUGGGCGUCCGGGAUUUCCUGGGAUCCUUGGACAAAAGGGAGACAGCGGCCCACCAGGGCGACAAGGUGCUCGAGGUUUGACAGGUGAAGUGGGUCCCAAGGGCUCUGUAGGUCCAAAGGGGGCAUUUAUGCAGAAUGGCACCAGAGACAGCUUCCUUUUUACCAGGCAUAGUCAGAGAAGUGACGUCCCAACCUGCCCUAGUGAAUCAAGACAUUUGUACUUUGGAUAUUCGCUCCUCUUCAUCAAUGGAAAUAACCGUGGACAUGGGCAGGACCUAGGAACUCUAGGAAGCUGUUUGCAGAGAUUUUCCACCAUGCCUUACCUGGUCUGUAACCCUGACGAAACCUGUCGCUAUGCUUCUCGAAACGAUUACUCUUAUUGGCUGUCUUCAGACACACCAUUGUCCAGCAACAAGGCUAUGAUCUCUGGUGAUUUAUUGGAACAAUAUAUCAGCAGAUGUGCAGUAUGUGAGGCGCCUGCUAAUGUAAUAGCAGUGCACAGUCAGACAAAGCAGAUCCCACAGUGUCCUGCUGGAUGGCUGUCUCUGUGGCAAGGUUACUCCUUUGUGAUGCAAACAGCCGCAGGUGCAGAGGGUUCCGGGCAGCCGCUGGUUUCUCCCGGGUCCUGUCUGGAGGAGUUCCGCAAGAUUCCAUUCAUAGAGUGUCAUGGACGUGGCACUUGUAACCUUUAUGCUGAUUCCUACAGCUACUGGCUGGCAUCGCUUGACCCUGAGAGAAUGUUUAGUAUGCCUAUCCGUCAGACAGCAAGACAGCAAGACAUCAUCAGCCGCUGUCGGGUCUGUAUGAAGCAGUUGCCAUAAGGCCAGAUGUCAUGACCUUUUGAAGCAACAUCAUUGUAUGUAUUUGGUAGAGAACAUAAUCUAUGAACUGUCAGUUUUCUUGACUUGUGUAAUUUCAGUAGAUUCUGUGAAGCAAGCCCUCAAGCACUAUUCCUGGAACUGCAUAUAUUUGAGUCAAUAUAAAUACUUUAAUAGCUACAAUCCCUCUGACCAAAUAAGUAUUUCCCCCAUUAGGACAAACUGUUCAUUUGUCCUAGUCAGAUUACAUAGCCAGGCCGAACUGUAAUAUUUUUAAAAUUAUGAGUGGAAAAAGCCAGGACCAGAACCUAUAAGCUAGUAUAUUAUAAAGAUAUACUAAAUAUAUAUGUUUAGAAUGCCAAUUUAACAUUGACAAGGACUUUUUUUUUACUGCAAGUUCUUCUUUUUGGGUUUGCCUUCACUUAAAUCCAAGGUGCCAGCCCAGUGUUUCUCAUUUAUCUCAGCGACCAAUUCUUUAGUUUGAUUCAACAGUUCUUCCUCUGUGUCUGCUCAAGCACUUAUAGAUGUGUUUUUAUUUUUCAAAAUGAUCCUCAAUCAUAACUGAUCAAAGUUUGUGGUGACUUAAUUUCAGUUUAGCCAAAUCUACCUAUAGCACUAAUUCUAAUUACUCUUUUGCAAAAGCUUUCAUGCACUACAAUGUAAACUAUCUUUCAAACCCAGAGACGAAGUUAAACAGCCAUUUUUUAAAGUUAUAUUUUGUAGAAAUAGAUCUUUAAAGUAACAAUUGCAUGUUACCUUGGUAAUACUGGUGAGCAGUUACAUUGGUUUAGUAACUGAAGGAUCUUGAUUGAAGAAAGAGUCCAAUAAAGCCUAUUUCUUAGUGUACAAAGAUAUUUGUAAAAAGCAGAUUUUUUGAAAAUAUGGUUCUGGUGUAAUGAUUUUGCAAAGGCAUUGACUUAAUGAUCCAGAAUGCAUGGUGCUAAUUGUUGAAUGAGUGAAAAAAGAGAAAAAGAAACUUUUUUUAGGGUCAUGGCAAAUGAAAGUCAGAGAAAGUGUGUGUGUAUGUAUAGUAUUGUACUGUAUGUAUUCAAAAGAUACACAUAUUGAAUUAAGGAGUUUUAUCCUUUCUUACACGAUUAACCCUAACAUUGAAGCAAGAAUUGUAAUGUAUGCAAAGUUCCUUCACUGUUUAAUAUGCUUUAUUAAAGAUCUGACACUGUUAUGGUUAUAGUUAGGUGUACAUAUUUCAUGCAUCUAUGCAUUUUUCAAAUGUUCAGAAGCAGCAUUGGUGGACAACUUGAUGCAUAUCUCUCUAUGAUUCACAUACCCUCUUUUGUGGAAAACGUUAUUGUACACAUUUUUAGUUGAAAAGAAGUUAUUUUGUUUGACUGCAGUGUUUUAUAGAACUGUAAGCUAGUUUUGAAUGGAAAAAAAUAGUUUAUUUAUUUUUUUGUCAAAGAAUAAAUCACUCAUCUUUUG